GCUUGACACAGCUUGCAUCAGUUUGCUGUCUUCAUGUCCUGUGAUGUUUUUCUCCAGAAUAUCACAGAUUGGGAACACAGCUUUGUUUCAUUGCUACGUCCCCACGGUCACUGUUUUUCCUCGGAAAGUUACAGCAGCCUGUGCUGCUCCUUUGUCAUAUCUAUUUAUAACAUAACACACAGUAACGGAGGAGCUGGCCGGGACGUCCCAAGUGACCUCGUGUUGAGAUACCGCCCCCCAGCCAUUCCUGUCUUCUGUGGAUGCAGAAACAUUUUUCGGGGAUUAAGGAAUCAUCCUACAGCUGCUUGUGUGAAUAAAUCCUAUAGAGUUUGAAUGCCACGUCUGGUCCUCAGGAGCACUCGGCAAUGUCUGCAAGAGCCUGUGGAAGCAGAGGCCUGACUUACUAGAGGAGCUGACGGAACAGGACAAAGCAGCAUGCCACGGGACAGAGAGAACUUCUAGCAGCAAAACAACCUGCGGAUAAGUCAGAGGCCACCAUCAGGGAGCAGGGUCUAAGUCUGACGGUGUGUCUCGCAGGAGAAGAGGCACCCUGAAAGCACAGCAGCAGAUCAGCAGUCAUGGGAAACAGCUUGGUGCAAGAGAUCCCAUUGAAAUCAGACUGAUGUCUGCAUACACUCACCUCAGAAUAGGACGUGACUCUGUGUACACUCCCAUGAUCAUAGGCUUAGCACACAAAACCAGAAGGAUCUGUGAUGGAAUUCCCAGUGCUCAUCCUCUUCUUAUCAGUGGCGUGUCCUGAUGCCGCUGCACCUAGAACGUUCCUAUGGCAGGAAGUUGGAAGCCCUUCCUGUGUGCGCUGCUGCGGAGCAACAGAAGAUACAGUGGAGCCCCCCAAGAAGAGCAGAGUGAAGGAAUAUGUUGUCCAACCAGUGCCAAAAGUCCGGCCACACAUAGAUAUGACUAUUCUGAAAGGUGACAAGGGAGACAUAGGCGGUAAGGGACCUCCAGGCAUCUCAGGAAAAGAAGGGGAACGAGGACCACAAGGCACAUUAGGAAUUAAAGGCCAAAAGGGCCAUGUAGGGCCACCAGGGAAUUCCUGCAAGGUCCAAUACUCUGCUUUCUCAGUGGCCCGUCGCAAAUCACUGCACAGCACUGAUUACUACCAACCCGUGGGGUUUGACACUGAAUUUGUGAACCUGUACGGGCACUUCAACAUGUUCUCCGGAACCUUUGUCUGCUACAUCGCCGGUGUCUACUUCUUCAACCUGAAUGUGCACACUUGGAACUUGAAGGAGACCUAUCUACACAUCAUGAAGAACGACCAGGAGACGGCAAUCUUGUAUGCACAGCCCAGUGAUCGGAGUAUCAUGCAGAGCCAGAGCCUAAUGCUCCAGCUGAAGGAGAAGGACGAGGUAUGGGUGAGGAUGUUUAAACGGGAAAGAGAGAACGCCCUAUACAACGAUGACACCGAUGUCUAUAUUAUCUUCAACGGUUACCUGAUCAGGCAGUCGGAUGACUGAUCGGCUAUAUACACCGCAGAGUAGCCAAACUCUCAAGUCACACUAGGAUGUUAUUUUAUAUUGUCUCCUAAAUAGUGGCAUGAUUAACGUGUUGCUGAAAUGGAAUCGCUUGUAAAUUAAUAUUCAGUUAUUAUGAUCCUGCAAAUAUAUAUAAUUCCAAAGGAACUCAUGCACCAUUGCUGGUCAGGGCAGGUCUUGUGUGUUCUGUGCGCUAUGAGGACAAUCUCAUGCAGAUGACCUGUGCCUGACUUAUAUAUAUAUAUAUAUAUAUAGGGAAUAGCUCAGAAAGCCAUAAAUGCUUUGCCUACCACUAAGCAGAGAUACUGACUAGUGAGAACCCUCGGCGACAGGCUGAAUUCAGAUUAUGUGGCUUGGUUUAUUCCCGGCACAUUUGUGACACACUAUGGACUAUGCAUCAGACAUUAAUGCCUCAUGCCUUUUGAAAUAAACAAAUGAGCCUAUAAUAUUCAUUUUAUAACAUUUUAUAUUAAACCAGCAAUUAUGUGUAAAAAAAAAAAGUCAGGAGUGCUUUCUUUAACAUCACCAUGGUGCUCUAUAAGCAUUAGCUUGGUCAUUACGCUUUUUCCUUGAUUUGCUCCUCUAUGUUGCUAUUAAAGAUAAUUUGUCAUCUUU